GACCCCUCCCCCCUCAAACCCGACACCGCCGCCAUCACCUCCCCGGCCAUGACGUCACCGGUGACGUCAUCGCCGACCCCGCCUCCCUCAUCCCGGAAGGGCAAGGGCGCCCCCUACGUGUGCGGCCUGUGCGCCAAGGAGUUCAAGAACGGCUACAACCUGCGGCGCCACCAGGCCACCCACGGCGUCCCCGGCGCCGCCAAGCGCGCCCCCCGCCCCUCCCCCACCCUCCUGCCCCUCCCCCAGGACCUCCUGGACGCCCCUCAGGCCGCGGAAGACGAGGAAGGGGCGGGAGGUGACAGCGCCAACAUGGCCGCCGCCGCGGCGACGAAGAGGACGGCGGCGGCGGCGACGGCGGCGAGGAAGAGCCACGCGUGCGACACGUGCGGGAAGGCGUUCCGGGACGUGUACCACCUGAAACGGCACCGGCUGUCGCACACGGACGAGAGGCCCUUCCAGUGCCCCGUGUGCCAGCAGCGCUUCAAGCGCAAGGACAGGAUGGCCUCGCACGUCCGCUCCCACCAGGGCCACGUGCACAAGCCCUACGCCUGCGGGCACUGCGGGAAGAGCUUCUCCAGGCCGGACCACCUCAACAGCCACGUCCGGCAGGUUCACUCCACCGAGCGGCCAUUCAAGUGCCAGACGUGCGAGGCGGCGUUCGCCACGCGGGACCGGCUGCGGGCUCACGCCGUGCGCCACGAGGACAAGGUGCCGUGCCACGUCUGCGGGAAGCUGCUGAGCGCCGCCUACGUCAGCGACCACCUGCGCGUGCACGGCCCCGCCCCCCGCGCCCAGGCCACGCCCAGAGGUUCCGGUUGCCCCGCCCCAAGCCCCGCCCCCGCCCCUCCCCCACCCCUGGACGGGACCCCCGGGGGCAGCCAGGGCUGGUGA